GCGGGCGGCAGUGACGCGCCUGGGCGUGGUGGUGGGCUCUGUAGUGUGUGCAGCGAUCGGUGGCGCCCUGCUGACCCAGUACAUCUUCACCAUGAAGAAGAAAGCCGGCCGGAAGACUAAGAUCAUCGAGAUGGAUCACCAAUUAUAGGACUUCUCUAGACAUUUAUCAAUUUGCUGUUUCUGCCACAUUUUUCAAGCCAGUCAUUGUGUUCCAAGGUCAAGAAAAGUGUUACAUCAAUACAACUACAAACCUCCGUAAUUACAAAACCAGCUGAAUGCUUUAGAGAUUGCGAAAGAUCACCGUGCCGACGUAGAUCAGCUUCCUGCUUUUAGCUUUCUCCCCCUCCCCACCAGAGCACUGUACAGUAAGCAAGAUGGUGGAUAAAGAGAGUUUGCAGAUGUUAGAGAUGCCAGAGUUCCAGAAGAAAACAGUCCAUAUUCGGAAUCCUGAAAAGGUAGAGGAAAUCAUUUGUGGUCUCAUUAAAGGAGGUGCAUCAAAACUUCAGAUAAUCACGGAUUUUGAUAUGACGCUGAGCAAGUUUUUACAUAACGGAAAAAGAUGUUCAACCUGUCACAAUGUCAUUGACAACUGCAAGUUAAUCUCAGAGGAAUGUAGGAAGAAGUUGCUGCAGAUUAGAAACAAAUACUAUCCAAUUGAAGUUGAUCCCGGCAUUAGCACUGAGGAAAAAUACCCUUUCAUGGUGGAAUGGUGGACAAAAGCUCACACCUUAUUGGUUGAACAAGGAAUUCAGAAAGAGAAACUGGCUGCGGUGGUGAGGGAGUCGGAUGUGAUUCUGAGGGAUGGUUAUGAGUUGUUCUUCGACAAACUGAAUGAACACAGCAUUCCAGUGUUCAUUUUUUCAGCUGGUAUUGGUGAUGUGCUGGAAGAGGUGAUUUCUCAGGGCGGGGUCUUCCACUCCAAUGUGAAAGUAGUCUCCAACUUCAUGGAUUUUGAUGAGAAGGGAGUCCUGAAAGGCUUUAAAGGUGAACUCAUCCAUGUUUAUAAUAAACAUGAUGGAGCCUUGAGGAGCUCUGAGUACUUCAACAAACUAAAGGACAAUUGUAACAUCAUUCUUUUGGGAGAUUCGUUGGGUGACUUGAAUAUGGCAGAUGGCGUUCAAAAUAUUGAGAGUAUACUCAAGAUUGGAUUCUUGAAUGAUAAGGUGGAAGAAAGUUUAGAAAAGUACAUGGACUCCUAUGAUAUUGUACUGGUGGGCGACGAAACAUUGGAUCUAGUCAACGCUAUCCUUCAGAAGAUUCUGUGAAUGGAGGACUAAAGUUUCCAGGGAGUUCAGAGCUGAAAUACUCUUCUAACUUUUUGUUUCAUCGCUAAAACUAUUUAUUGAAAGUGCCCCUGUUCUUUAACACACUGAACUGAACAAUGUUUGUAUUUUUAAAAUCUCAGCAUGGCAAAUGAAUGUGUCCUCCAAUGAAUGAAGAGAAUUUUAGCAUUUCUUUAGUCAGUUAGCCACUCAUGGAAUCGGGUCAGUAUAAGCCUGCUUCAGAGAUUUAGACUACCUCCAGGCUUCUUGGUAUAUAUUCUUCUCUAGCAUUUGAAAAAGAUUACAUUGAUGAGUAUUGUGUGCUUGGCUUAUUGAACUCCAAAUUGACCAGGUGUAACUAUCACAAAUUAUUCUGUCUGUACGAUGAGUAUUAGACUUUUAAUUGUUUUCAAAACAUUUUGUAGCUGUAGAUAAUUCUGAGGAUACUUUGUUUAUUUGGCCAGACCGGUUUAUUAUUUUUAAACAAAUUAAACUAGUGAAAAGUA